AUGUCCAACAGCGAACGAGGCAAAUACUACCGGCGAAAGCGCAAGCUUCAAAGUGCACAGCUCAAAGAGAGUGUGUCCAGUCUUCGCGAGGAAAUUGCAGCUCUGACGAUAUCACAUCAAGUACAGCAAGAGUUAGCAGUUUCGCAACGUCGUACACCGUUGGGCGCGGCCGCGCGUAUUGACGCGUCAGCAUCGCUCGUGGCGCAUGCAACCAAUGCCCUGAGAGGGUUCUUGAGCGCAAUCAUGCCCUGUAAUGUGCGCUUUGGUGAGUUUCUGGGCGUGGAUCUGCUGCUGGACCAGUGGCAACGCUAUUCGCUGUAUCACGCAGCUAUCGAGUGGACCAUGAAAUCGCUGAAUGUUGUACAGGUAUGCGAUGUCGGACCGCUGGUGAUUUCGAUCUCAGCAAACCUCCGUGUCCGCUAUUCGCGGCGUACAAUCGAAAAGAUAUUUCCGCAUCUGCUCGGCGAUGAAGCGUUGGUACAAUCCCUCAUUGGACUAGAGGUCACAUACCCUUGCGCCAAUCAUUUCCACUUCAGCCACGACGGAAAGAUCGAAUGGUAUGCGCCGGAGGCAGACUUUGUAGGUGCACUCAUGGGUGUGCUGAAAGACCCGGUACUUGUAGCUCGGCGACGGACAGCAGCUUGCAUUGGCGGAGUCGGCGCAUUCAACAGAAGUUAG